UUCAGAUUUCCAGCAUCCGCAGUAUUUUGUUUUUAUCUUAAUAAUUCCUGUGUAUUGCAGUGAAAGUCCUGAGGGAAUUACCGAACUGAAUGUGUUCAGGAGCAGCGCAGGAACAUUGAAACUGAAAGUGGUUGGAAUCAGGAAGUGCUGAGUUUGAACAUGGCUUCCAGACAGCAGGAGGAGAGUUGGACUGAGGAGGCAAUUUGUCCCAUUUGUCUUGAUUUCUUCACCGAUCCGGUUUCACUGGAGUGUGGACACAACUUCUGCCGCUCCUGUAUCACCCAGUGUUGGGAAAAGAAGGAGAUAAAUUCCUGCCCGGAAUGUAGAGAGGAGUUUCCGGAAAGAAACCUCAGAAUAAGUCGGGCCUUAGCGAAUUUGGCUGAAAAAGCUCGAAAAUUAAAGGUGAAUCCGAAAGAGAAGGAAAGUAAAUUUCACUGUGAGGAACAUGAGGAAGAGCUGAAGCUGUUUUGUGAAACUGAUAAGAAAUUGAUCUGUGUGAUUUGUAGAGAUUCGCGGGAACACAGAAAGCACCGCUUCAUGCCGAUUAAAGAAGCUGUUGAAAUCUACAAGGAUCGGGUGAAAUCUUCCUUCGAUUCUCUCACAGAGAAGAAAUCGGCGGUUCUAGAAAUGGAGCAGCAGCAGAAACAGAAAAUUUCCCAAAUUAGAAAACAGUCGAGCAGUCUGCAGACCCACAUCACAUCCGAGUUCACUAAAAUGCACCAGAUUCUCACUGAGAAGGAGCAGCAUUUAAUCCGAGAUCUCAGGGAAGAAGAGGGAAAAAUUCUAAAAAUAAUGGAGGGAAAUCUUCGUGAAAUUCAGGAGAAUUUAAAUUCUAUUCAGGAGAAACUCUCACAGUUAGAAAAACUGUUGGAACAAAAAGACGGAGUUAUAUUUCUGAAGGAGGAAGCAUCUCAGAAGAGGAGGAUUUGCUAUGAAUAUAAAGAGCUGUCACUAGCAGAUGAUGUUCUGUCUAUUGAAAAAUUCAACGGACCUUUCCCGUGUCCAAUGUGGGGAGAAAUGCUGGAUGCCAUUAACCCUGUCUCUGUGAACCUGGAUGUGGAAACAGCGAAUCCCGAGCUCGAGGUGUCUGAGGAUCUGAAGAGUUUGAGAUGGACCCGGACCCGGAGGAGUCUCCCUGACACCGGGAAGAGGUUUACAGUCUGGCCCUGUGCCCUGGGAUCAGAGGGAUUCACAUCGGGGAGACAUUACUGGGAGGUGGAGGUGGAGGGGAAUCGGUGCUGGAGUCUGGGAGUAGCCGCAGAGUCUGUGGAGAGGGACAAGGUCAGUUUGAUCCCGGAGACUGGAUUCUGGACCAUUGAGCGGUUUGAGGAUCAGUUUUAUAUAAACUCCUCUCCUGAAUCCCGUCUCCCUGUCGGUCAGAUCCCCGGGAAGGUGGGAGUUUAUCUCAGUUUUGAGUCUGGGACAGUUUCAUUUUACAGCGCGGACACCAAGUCCCAUCUCCACAGCUUCACUGGGAAUAAAUUCACUGAGAAACUUUAUCCUUUCUUCAGCACUUGGGAUGAAAACCAAUUUCUGAGAAUCUGCUCCGGAUCCGGAAAGAGGCGGGGCCUCUGGGGUCACAUCAUGCCUGACAUCACAAUGUCUUGACCCCGUGAUUAGGGUGAGGAGAAGAGGUCAGGGGUUGGAGGUCAGAAACCAACUUUGACACCAGGUUGUCACUAAAUGUGUCAUUUAAUCUUCAAAUUGUAAAAUCCCAAUCAGACUGUAAAUAAAACCAAUACAAAUAUCAGUGUCAGAGGAUUAAAAUAAAAUGUAAAUUUAA